GCACUGGUGGGCACAGGUGGGUGGCACUGGUGGGCACAGGUGGGUGGGCACAGGUGGGUGGCACUGCUGGGCACAUGUAGGUGGCACUUCUGGGCACAGGUAGGUGACACUGCAGAGUGGCACAGGUGGGUACACUGCUGGGCAAAGGUGGGGGCACUGCUGGGCACAGGUGGGGGUACUGCUGGGCACGGGUGGGCGGAGCUAGUGGGCGCACUGCUGGGCGGAACUUGCGGGUGUCACUGCUGGGCACCGAUCAUCAGGGCACUGAUCAUCAGUGCCCUGAUGAUCGCGUGUCAUUGGACACCGCUGAUCACGUGGUAAAAGGCCACUGUGAGUGGC